CAAUAAAACAAUGACGGAACAAAUUUUUGCUAAUAACUUUUGGGGCCUAAAAGACGAUGGUUUCCACGUACUCACCGCUAAGAUGACUAGUACUAAAAAGACAUUUGACGAAGUAAAGUCAUUUUAUAAUAUCAGAGCUUCUCUUCAUGAAGAGUUUGGACGAAAAUUAAUGAAACAUGCCAAAGUUGGAAUGGGUCGUGAAGAGACUGGAACACUUCAAGCACUACUGUCAUCGGCUCAUAAAGAGACAGAGUGGAUAGCACAAGCACAUCUCAAUUUGGCCCAGAAACUUAAGACUCGACUGGAAGUUGAUCUUGAUAAUUUUAUACUUGAGCAAAAAGACAGACGAAAACUAACUCAUACAAAUGUUGAAAAAGCACAUCGUUAUAAACAAUCAAAUGAGGCCUACUUGGCAAAAGUUAAAGAGAAAUAUGAGUCUGAUUGUGCCAAGUUGAUCACACUACAGACACAAGUAACGACUUCAUCAGGUCGUGAAGCCGAAAGAAUCAAGCAAAGAAUUGAUAGAACACAACAUGAAAUAAAAGUUCAAGAACAAGAAUAUAAAAAUGCUUGUAUCAAGGUUGCGGAUGCCACUAACGCUUGGAAUAAAACUUGGAAGCUAACUUGCGACACAUAUCAAGGAAUGGAACAAAAGAGAUUAGAAUUUCUUCGUCAUAGUUUCUCAAUGUUUAUUAAUGUUCUCUCAAGUGCUACAAGUCAAGAUCAGGAGUCGUACGAACGCUUUUGGAAAUCCUUGGAUCAAUAUGAUCCCAUAAAUGAUAUCCAAAUAUUUAUUAAUGAAAAGGGGACUGGCCCCAAUAUACCUGAACCAGAGAUUUUUGUGGAUUACAUGGAUGACCCGGCAAAAACUUUUCAAAAACACACAGUUGCUAAUUUCCCGUGUCCCACAGAGCUGUUAGCAAGUAUAUCUUCUCCAUCUGAAUCACAUCCCAAACCAGAAUUAACCGUUAGAAAUCCUACCACGGUUUUGCCCGAUGAAUCUUCACUUCUUAAAAGAGUAAGGUCUAUGACUGCUGCUUCUUCCACCUUAGUAGAACCGACUACACUUAGUAAGGGCACUAAUGAAAAAAGAAAAUCUUCUAUCCGAAUUGCUAUCAAGCCUUUACCAUCUAUUUCAACUCCAUUAAUAAAACAAAAGACAAAUCAUCAAAGAAGAACAUCUAUUCAUGAGAACUACAGUAGCAGAUCACAACAGCCGAACCCACCACCACCUGUUAUUAUCGUACCUGAUAUAUCUUCCUCUUCAACAACAUCAGCAUCCGACGAAGAAGAGGAGCAGCCUGUAAGAAGAAACAGGGCAAUAACAAAAAAUGAAGAGGACGGGGAUAUAACAAUCGAUCCACGUGCUAAGGUUGUUUUUGCUAUUGGUAAUAACAUGUUUGACUUGGGGCACCUUGGACAAGACGACAAGAAAUCUGAUCAAACCCAGCCUGUUUCCAGCACUCGUCGUUUGACUACAACCAGGAGACGUCAAGCCUCAUCCGAUUUGGAAGCCGCAUCAGUAAGUACUACUUUAUCCCAGCAGCAAGAUAUGUACAAUGGUAUGAUUAGUAAUCCUGAUCUCUACCGUAAACAGCCACACCAUCAGCAACACCAUCAGCAAUUACAUCAGCAACAAUAUCACAACCAAUAUGCUACUCAGCACGGUACUUUACCAUCAGUUGGACAAUCUAUAAAUUCAGCCAGUCAUGCAUACCAUAAUUCCGGUGGUAGCGUAUAUAGCCCCCCAUCUACCACUCCUCAAUCGGGUCACCAGCCAACCUUAUUCUGGGCUAUAGCAAUCGGGGAUUGGUAUAGUGGAAAAUCUGAUGAGUUACAAUAUGCUAGAGGUACUUGGUUAGCAGUUACAGAAAUAAGACCCGACGGUUGGUAUUAUGCAACGAAGUUUGAUGCCAGGUUAAACGCAUUGACAAAUGAAAUGGGUUAUGUGGCUCAAAAUUACGUUCAAGUCCAUACAUAACAAUAAUGGGACAAUAAAAGUUAAUUAUUUAUCGAAU